AUAAUAAAUGAUAGCCUCGGAAAUUGCUUCUAAGUAUAAGUGCAGGCAAUUACGUAUAAUAACAUUUGCUUCAGCGUACCCUCUGCUAGCACUGUUACCUGUGACACGCUGGUCUUCUGGAGACACUGAAAUUUUCGAGAUUCCGGACCUUGAGAACGAAGAACAAUGCUCGCUAUUUCGGCAAGCAGUGAACUUCUAGUUCGCCGCGAACGAAGAACAGCCACCCAAAGCCACCUUCAAGAUGACCAAAACGACGAAACUCUGAAAUGGAAGGCCCGAAUACAUGAUAACAUUGUACACUCUCCUUACCCGGAAAGGCCUGUUCCACGCGUGCCUAUACACGUCGCCGUGCGAGAUGCUCUCCACAAGUUAGGCCCACAGGUUGUCAUGAUAGAUGGAAACGUGAGCAUCACUGCUGCUCGGCUUCUUGACAAAAUGGAGGCUUAUGCGGCAACAUUUCGAUCACAUGGAGUAAAGAGAGGAGACCGUAUUUGCUGUCAUUUUUCCAACGGCAUCGAUUCCUUUGCAGCACUGUUCGGUGUCAUAUUUGCCGGAGCGGUUGCUGUUCUUGCAGAUGAUGAGCUCACAAAAACUGAAGUGCUUUCUUACGCAAAGGAUGGAAAGGCCGAAUAUGUUCUCACUGACAAAAGAAAUGCUGAGAAGUUCAGGGAUAUCAGACAAACUCUCAAGAGGUGCUUUGUCGUAGGCGGCGAUGUUCCGGGUUUCCAGUCUGUCUCCGCGUUUCAAGCUGCGGAUGAAAAUACCUUGCAAGACAUUCACUACCCAGGACAAACCGAAGUUUGGCCUGCUGCUAUAUCUUUUUCUUCGGGCACAACAGGAACCCCCAAGAAAAUACUGAUUACCCACUACGCGUUCGUUUCCAGUAUUACCACUUUCAGGUCAUGUCAUCUGCUACAGCCCGGAGACCGUUACGUCACGUUGGAGUCCAUGGCACAUGCAUUCGGCUUUUUCUUCACAAUGUACGCAGCGUGUCUUGGAGCGACGAUGGUUGUGACACCAACGACCCCAGAAUCGGAAGAUUUGGUCGACAUAGUAAACAAACACAAGGUUCAAGUUAUUUGCUGUUUUCCGACGGUGCUAUCGCGGAUAUCCCGAGACCUGGACGCCAUGGGGCGUCGACUGAUGUCUGUGAGAAAGGUGCUCUGCACAGGAGGGCCCGUCCCUCGAAACGUCGGCGAGCGGAUUCUCCGCCAGCUACAUCUCACAGACUUCAAGAACUUCCUCGGUUGUUCGGAGGGACUGUCACCAUACUGCGUCCCUCCUCCUGGUGAAACGAAUUACGAAUGCGUGGGCUUUCCAUCACCCAACGUCCAGAUAAUGGUCGCUGACCCUAUCACAAGUGUUGCAUUGGGACCGGGAGAACAGGGCGAGAUUUGGGUAAAAACGCCCGGUGUCACUCCUGGUUACCUUAACCAAGACGACCAGCUUGAGUGCGUAGUGGAUCAGCAUGCCUGGCUACACACUGGCGACCUUGGAUACUACAACAAAGACGGGCGAUUUUUCGUCAUUGAUCGGCUCAAGAACAUUAUCAAAUGCCACGACUAUAACGUGGCCCCACGAGAGCUGGAAGCUAUCCUUCUCAGUCAUCCAGCAGUUCUCGAAGCGUGCGUCAUUGGAAUCCCGGACGAAAAAGUGAGCGAAGCACCUACAGCGUUUGUUGUGAGCCGGAAAAGCGCACUUGGCGAUCCACUAGUCACGGAAGAGGAACUGGUGGAUCUUGUAGCCAGCCAGACAACGUACUACAAACACCUGUACGGUGGAGUCGUGUUUCUUGACGAGUUGCCCAGGACAGUGAACGGUAAAACAAACGUCAAGAAGUUGCGGCUCUUGAAACCGUCCACACAACAAGCGAACAAUUGGAGAAAAGAUGAGCACAAUGUAAUAAAUAUGGUUCGGGAAAUCUAAAAGGGCCGGCAUUUAGAACGCCGAAUGCCUCAUUUAUGCUGGCGUAACGAUUACGCAAAGUUCCUAAUGAUUUGUGUAUUUCUUCCUCAUGUUCACCUUGACGUGUAUUUGUAUUCUCUAACAAGAAUAAAUAUUUUAUUGGU